CGCACGGAGCUGGGACAAGAAUAUUCACAGACAGAGCUGAGUCCUAAAGGUAGCCUGAACCAAAUGAAGCGAGGGACAUGAACAAGAGAGGCCAAUGAGGCUGGUGCUUCCCUCACUCCCUAUUACAGCUGCCCAAGGUGGCUCACAGCCACGCUAGCCAAUAUGCCUUAUCCCCCUUGUCCAAAUAGGCAAUGUCAAACCCUCUGACUGUAGGACAAGGGGAUCCCACACUGAGGCCCUGCCAGGAGCACCCAGCUUGGGGUGCACUGCCAGGUGCUGAUGAGCUUGGCGCCCCUGCAGGGUGGAGACUGGUGACUGCAGACCCCUUGAAUUGCUCCAUCUAGGUUAAAACAGUCCUCAGCCCCACCCACGACCAGCACAGCUCUGCUUCUGGCUUGUAAAAGCUUCCAGAAGAAAUCAUGACCAGGUGGGCCCGUACAAGUACCACUCAUAGCAAAAAGCCUCUGGACGCUACACCAUGGGAAGAUAUGAAAAAUGGAUCCACCAGUGGAACAGUGAAGAAUAAACAGCAAAAUUAUUCAAAUACGCUUUCUUUAAAGAAUGGUCAAGUGAAGAAGAAGAAUAAAAAGAAAAAGGACUAUUUGAAUGAAGACGUUAAUGGAUUCAUGGAAUACUUAAAACAGAGCUCACAGAUUAUACAUAAUGGAAAGGUGAGAGCAGCAGACAGCCAUGAGGUGAGGGAAGAAGUAGCAACAGCCUUGAAGAAAGACAGGCGUCGGGAAGGAAGAAGAUUGAAGAGACAAGAGAUGAAGAAAAACGCCAUGGUAUGUUUCCACUGUAAGAAGCCUGGCCAUGGAAUUGCUGACUGCCCAGCUGCCCUUGAAAGUCAAGAUAUGGGUACAGGAAUCUGUUAUCGAUGUGGAUCUACAGAACAUGAAAUCACCAAGUGUAGAGCAAAAGUAGAUCCAGCUCUUGGAGGCUGCUGCAGGCUUUGUGGAUCUGUGGAACACUUUAAAAGAGAUUGUCCAGAAAACCAGAACUCAGAUCAAGCAGUAACAGUUGGUCGAUGGUCCUUUGGAAUGAGUGCAGAUUACGAAGAAAUUCUAGAGAGCCCUAAACUACAAAAACCAAAAGUAAAAGUACCAAAAGUUGUUAAUUUUUGAUAACUGCUCUCAGACUACAUUAAACAUCAUUUGUCUUCUGAGUGAUCAUUGACUUAUACAACUGCAAGGUAAAGCUGGGUUCCUUAGGCCAAAUUCAGCCCUAGCAUAGUGGACAUAACUCCACUGAUACCUACUUGCAUUGAUUCUGGCUUUAGUAAACUAGCUGGAUUGCAGUUGCCACAUGACUUCUUGUGUCUACAAACCCCCUCCCCUGCCAACCUUAAGUGGUGAUCACUUAAAAUCCUAAACAAUGCUUAAAUGAAGGUGUGCUGAGGAGAGAAGUAAUACAGCAAACAAAUGUUUUUUUUAGAAUGCUAGUACAUACCUGUCAUAGUUCAGGGCUAACUGCACCACUGGCCCCUCUCCAGUCUCUCUAAAUGUGCUCAUUAAAUCUCAAGACUUCAUGCUUUCAGCUCUCUCAGGGUGGAAUCACACGAUUCUCCCACUCUUAGAUUGGGGAUCUGGGCUGCAGUACUCAAUGCAGCAGCCGUUCUCACCCCUACAGGUAUAGAUGUGUUCAACACUGGCUCCUUAAAAGGAAGUAUUGUUUAUGAACAAAUUCCUUCAGCGAAAAAAAAUUAAAACAAAAAAGGACAAACACAUACGAAACCUCAAUUAUGCGGCUUCACUUACUGUCCCCAAUAACACCUGGAGAGUCAGUUAUACUCUACUGCAAAACUUCUAGAAGACACUCCAGAUUUAUUAAUGCUUUACACAAUGGUGGGUCCAGAGCCACAAAAUGUAUCUGAAUGGGAAAUUUGGCUCUCCAAGAUCAAUUUGAUGCAUUCAGUGUUAAGUCUGAAUUGCUAAAGCAUUUACAGACAAAGUACUUCUAUGCACCUUAAGAAGGUGUUUAGGUGCUCAAGGAUCCCUGUCUCAUCACAAUCUUAAAGUUUGAUUCAGAACUCUAAUUAUGAGACACUGUACUAAACUUUUAAAGUAGCUUUGUCAUAGUUAAUCUUUAAAGGAUAAUUAUAUAGUGAUCAAGAUAUUCACUUAACUUCCUAUUUUAACUUGUCCUUUUAUGAAAGUGUUAUGACCCUUCUUAAGGUGAUCUUCAUGCGCUUUGAAAGUGGCAUGGCUUAGCAAACUCUUUUGGGCCAAGUCAUGGCUUGUUGCUGCCUUGGAAUGUAUGGUUUCUUGUGGUAAAUCAGAAUACACGAACUUAUUGUUUAAAUGCUUCCUUAUUUAUACAUUUUCUUAAAAUUGACUUAUUUUUAUAAAAAAAUAUUAAGUUUGAA